AUGGCGUCGUCGGAGGUGCAACAUCUAGUGGCCCUCAUCAAGACCCUCACCAACCCACAAUUGAAGGAACUUCUGCGCUAUGAAGGCCUCGCUGUCUCCGGUAUAAAAGCGGUGCUACAGAUGCGCAUCAUUGAUUAUCUCGAGCGUCUUGCAGCUUCUGAAGGGAAUGGCGCCCGCUACGACACGCUGAAACGACGUAUCUAUGAAUCAGCAAUACCUGGCACAUUGUCAUUUCAAUCCAACCCCGGUUUCCAAGCUCCACCAGCCUCUCAGGCAGCACCAUCUCAAUCCCGACCGGCUCCACUUGGUACUUCGAUGGCGUCAACUUCACAUAUCCACGGCCCCAUCAUCUUUAAAGACAGUCCUUUCUUUAGCAUCCUCACGAAUCUAACAUCGGUGGUGGAAUGUAAAGUCCGCGAGCAAACAAGAGAUAGUGUUGAGCUCAAGGUCAAUCUUUCGCCGUCGAUCGCGGCAGACUUGCAAACGGACCCUACCCUUCGCGUGAUGAUCUACUGCGCGGCUGACUCGGGGCUAAAGCAAUUCACCAAGUCUGAUAUCGCCUUCCCUCAUCAGGUGGAGCUUAAAGCCAACCUUGACGAAGUCAAGGCCAAUCUCCGAGGCCUGAAGAACCGUCCUGGUACUACUCAGCCUGCCGAUGUCACGAACUACAUACGCAAGAAGCCGAAUUACACGAACAACAUAGUAAUGACUUACGCAUUGACGCAAAAGAAAUUCUUCGUACUUGUCAAUCUCGUUCGACAGCAUCCAGUGGAAGAACUUGUCGGUCAGCUCCAAACGCGAAAGUUGAUAUCUAAGGAACAGGUCAUCCGAGAGAUGGAAAACCGCGCCCAGGAUUCGGACAUCGUUGCAACGUCAAGUGUUAUGUCUUUGAAAUGUCCUUUAUCCACAUUACGGAUACAAGUCCCUUGUCGCUCAAUCAUCUGCACUCACAAUCAGUGCUUUGACGCAUCCUCAUUCUUGGAGUUGCAGAAACAAGCCCCUACGUGGACAUGCCCCGUUUGCUCCAAGUCUACGAGUUUUGAAUCCCUGCAGGUUGAUCAGUAUGUUCAUGAAAUUCUGCGAUCGACUUCUUCAGAUGUAGAUCAGGUUGUCGUCGAACCGAAUGGAGAAUGGUCGAACCCAAGCCAGACAGAUCUCGCUCAGCCCGGCGGAGUUACACCGGCGUCAGACGACGAUGAGUUGAUUGAAAUAAGUGAACCAGGUAUUCCGACGCCGGUGGUCAAGCGGGAACCAAUACCUUCUUCUAUCAUGUUGGAACGAACACCCGCGCAGUCCCGGGAGACAUCGACGCCGUCCUCUGCGGCCAGGUUUUCUAGCAGAAAACGACCGGCUUCUCAAGUGAUUGACCUGACGGGAAGUGAUGACGAGGAUGAUGAGUCCCCUGUGCCUCCGGUCAAGCGGCCGGCUCUGAGUUUUGGCAUUGGAGGGCUACCCCCUCCAGAACCUCAUCACGCGCUUGCCAGGAGUCCCCUUCAGAGCAGGCAUUAUCCACCAUCGCAAUGA